CGGGCUUCCGUACGCCAGCGGACGCGCAUGCGCAUAGUGAGCACGCACUCAGGGUGGUGUGUCAGAUGCAGAGCUCAACAGAAAAUUAUUUCAAUAGUUAAUAAACAGUAAUAAUAAUAAUCAACUAUGAAGAGCAGAUUCAACACGGUGGACAUCCGGGCCGUGAUCGCAGAGAUCAAUGUCAGUUGUGUCGGAAUGAGAGUCAACAACAUCUAUGACAUCGACACUAAAACAUACCUGAUCAAACUGCAGAAGCCGGGCUCUAAAGCUGUGUUGUUGAUCGAGUCUGGCAUUCGCCUUCACAGCACUGAGUUUGACUGGCCUAAGAAUAUCAUGCCAUCUGGAUUUGCCAUGAAAUGUCGGAAGCAUCUGAAGUCCAGACGGCUGGUGCACAUCAAACAGCUCGGUGUGGACAGGAUCGUGGACAUUCAGUUUGGAUCAGACGAGGCCGCGUAUCAUCUGAUCCUGGAGCUGUAUGAUCGAGGGAACAUUGUUCUGACAGACCACGAGUUCACCAUUUUAAAUCUUCUUCGGUUCCGCACGGCAGAGGCUGAAGAUGUGAAGAUCGCAGUGAGGGAGAGAUAUCCAGUAGAGAAGGCCAGACCGGCGGAGCCGCUCAUCAGUCUGGAGAGACUCGCUGAGAUCUUAUCUCAAUCUCAGACUGGAGAACAAGUGAAAAGAGUUCUGAAUCCUCACUUGCCGUACGGCGGGACGCUCAUUGAACACAGUCUCAUGGCUGUUGGGCUGCCGGGUCUCAUGAAAGUCGACGGCCAGUUUGAUGUCACUCGGGAAAGCCCCAAAAUCCUGGAAGCUUUGCAGAUGGCUGAAGAUUUUAUGGAAAAAACAGCAAACUUCAGUGGAAAGGGUUACAUCAUCCAGAAAAGUGAGAAGAAGCGAAGUUUGUGUCCAGAAAAACCAGAGGAGGAGUUCCUCACAUAUGAAGAAUUUCAUCCGUUUCUCUUCUGUCAGCAUGAGAAAAAUCCCUGCGUUGAGUUGGACUCUUUUAACAAGGCGGUGGACGAGUUCUUCUCUAAGAUGGAGGGUCAGAAGUUGGACAUGAAAGCUCUUCAGCAGGAGAAACAAGCACUGAAGAAGCUGGAGAACUUCCGCCAAAAUCACGAGCAGCGUCUAGAAGCUCUUCAUCAGGCUCAGGAGGUGGAGCGGUUGAAGGGAGAGUUGGUGGAGAUGAAUCUUCAGACGGUGGAUCGAGCUCUACAGGUGGUACGCAGCGCUCUGGCCAAUCAGGUGGACUGGGCUGAAAUCGCUCUGAUUGUUAAAGAAGCUCAGCUGGCCGGUGACCCUGUGGCCUGUGCCAUUAAACACCUCAAACUCCACAGCAAUCACAUCACCAUGCUGCUCAAGAAUCCGUAUGCCGGUUCUGACGGAGAGGCAGACGAUUUGGACGCGCCAUCACCUGCGACGGGAUCUGAGCCGCUGAAGGGAAAAAAGAAAAAAAACAAAGAGAAAGGGAAGAUGGAGAAGAGCAAAGCGGCUCUAGUGGAUGUGGAUCUAAAUCUCUCGGCUUAUGCCAAUGCAAAGAAAUAUUACGACAGCAAGAGAAGCGCGGCCAAGAAAGAGCAGAAGACUGUUGAGGCGGCUCACAAGGCGUUCAAAUCAGCUGAGAAAAAGACCAAACAAACGCUUAAAGAAGUGCAGACCGUCACCAGCAUUCAGAAAGCCAGGAAGGUUUAUUGGUUUGAGAAGUUUUUGUGGUUCGUCAGCACAGAGAAUUUUCUGAUCAUCGCCGGACGAGACCAGCAGCAGAAUGAGAUGAUAGUCAAACGUUAUCUGAGAUCAGGAGACGUUUACGUUCACGCCGAUCUGCACGGAGCCACGAGUUGUGUGAUCAAGAAUCCGUCUGGUGAGCCGGUUCCUCCUCGGACGUUAACUGAGGCGGGUACGAUGGCUGUUUGCUACAGCGCAGCCUGGGACGCUAAAGUCAUCACCAGCGCGUGGUGGGUCCAUCACCAUCAGGUGUCUAAGACAGCGCCGACGGGAGAAUAUCUGACCACUGGAAGCUUCAUGAUCAGAGGGAAGAAGAACUUUCUGCCCCCAUCAUAUAUGAUCAUGGGUUUCGGCUUUCUUUUCAAGGUGGACGAUGAGAGUGUUUUUAGACAUCUUGGAGAGAGGAAGACGAGAGCUCUGGAGGAGGACGAGCCCGACGUGACGUCCACUGCAGAUCUGCUUGAGUUGGGAGAUGAACUAUCAAGUGACGAGGAAGAGGAGGAGUCCGUCGGCAGGAUGGCCACAGAGGAUGAAGAUCAUCAGAGAGACGACAGUAAAACCGCAGAUGAAGAAACACACAGCGGAACGGAGGACAGAAGCGAUGAGGAUCAGAUCGAGGAGAUUCAGUUUCCUGACACCAACAUCUCACUGUCACACCUGCAGCCCAACAGGAAUCUUCAAAGUGCUGCUUUCAAGCAGGAUGUUCCACAUCAGGAGGACACAGAAACACGCUGCAAAAAACACUUGACGGCCAAACAGAGGAGAGAUAUGAAGAAGAAGCAGAAACCAGAGAGUACAGAAGAUUUGGAGGAAACCGAUGUAAAACAACAGGAAAGUGAACCCACGGCUGCCUGCGCACAGACGUGUAAGAGCGGAGCAGCGGUUCAGCCGCUAAAGAGAGGUCAAAAGAACAAACUGAAGAAGAUGAAGGACAAAUAUAAAGACCAAGACGAGGAGGAUCGAGAGAUGAUGAUGAAGUUAUUGGGGUCUGCAGGAACCGCCAAAGAGGAGAAAGCCAAGAAGAAGAAGAAAGGGAAAGUGAGGGAAGAGCCGCAGAGAAAAGGUCCUCCCGAAGCUUCAGUGAAACCGAAAGUUGAAAUUAUUACGAGAAGUGAAGCAGCAGAAGAUCCGGCUGAAGUCCACGAUGAGAAAAUCCCGGUGACGGAGACGGAUGAUGUGGAGAAUCCAGCAGCUGAGGAUCAGGAUGGAGAAAAUAUUCUGGACUGGCUGACCGGUCUCCCGCACCCAGAGGAUGUGUUGAUGUUCGCAGUGCCUGUAUGUGCUCCCUACAUGGCGCUUUCCAAUUACAAGUACAAAGUGAAAUUGACCCCAGGAAGUCAGAAAAAAGGGAAAGCUGCCCGCACCGCCGUGUCCAGCUUCAUGAAAAGCAAAGACACCAGCACACGAGAGAAAGAUUUGUUUCGGAGCGUCAAGGACACGGAUCUGUCCAGAAAUAUUCCUGGAAAAGUGAAAGUUUCAGCUCCUAACCUUCAGGCAGCAAAGAAAGGGACAUCCCAGAAAUGAUUUUAACUGACUUGUGAAAGACUAAAUAUUUACAAUAAACAUUGUUUUAUAACAGAA